CCUCUAUGGUUGCCCGAAUGCACAUAUGACAUAACAAACAACAAUAUUCUACGUAGUACUUCAUAGAAUUAUCUAUCUAAGAUGAUGAUGAAAAAUAUGGGGGCUUGGAUGUUGCUAGCAUUAUUGACUUUGGUUGGCGACUGGUGUGGUCGUUGUUAUGGGUGUUUGGAGGAAGAGAGAAUUGUUCCCUUAGAGAUCAAAGCUUUGACCGACCCAAACAGCAUUUACAUGGGAGAUUGGGUGGAGUACAGUAGUAAUUGUUGUGAGUGGUCUGGGAUCGAGUGUGAUAACACUACAAGGCGAGUGAUCCGACUCUCUCUUUCGGGUGCAAGAGAUCAGAGUUUGGGGGAUUGGGUUCUCAACGCGUCGUUGUUUCUGCCUUUUAAAGAACUGCAAAGUCUUGAUUUGUCCCGUAAUGGACUGGUUGGUUGCUCUGAGAAUCAAGGUCGGCUUCGAAGUCCUAUCAUCAAAACUGAGGAAACUGAGGAACUUGACCUAAGUCUGAACCGAUUUAAUAAUGAUAAAGGCAUUUUAUCAUGCUUCAAUGGGCUUUCCGCUCUCAAGUCUUUGGACCUAUCAGACAAUGAGGUGACAGGAUCAGGUUUUCAAGUGCUAUCUUCACGGUGGAAUUUGGAGGAACUUUAUCUAAGAAGCAAUAAAUUGAACGACAACAUUUUAUCAUCUCUCAGUGGAUUUUCAACUCUCAAAACUCUAGAUUUAUCAAACAAUAGCUUCACAGGAUCAACUGGUCUCAACGGUUUAAGGAAUUUAGAAAUCUUGAAUCUGGAAGAGACUGACUUCAAGGAAAGCAUUUUGAUAGAGUCAUUGGGAGCGUUGCCAUCCCUCAAGACCUUAUAUGCAAGUUUUAGUAAAUUUAAACACUUUGGGAAAGGGUUGUGUAAUUCGACUAGCCUUGAAGAAGUGCUCCUCGAUUAUUCUUCACUCCCAGCAAGCUUUCUUAGGAACAUUGGACCCUUGUCUACUCUUAAAGUCCUAUCAUUGACAGGAACAGCUUGCUUGCUUUUGUAUGUGGUCCAGUGGAGCGUUAUGAAGAUGAGGCAAAUGUGGGUGUGGAUGCUGCUCAUGGCACUGGCCUUCGUCAACGACCGGAGCCAUUGUUGUUUGGAGGAAGAGAGAAUUAGUCUCUUAGAGAUAAAAGCUUGGUUCAAUCAUGCAGGUGCAGCUGGGUCCUAUGAUCAGCUAGAAGUCGAAGACUUGGAUCUCAAUGCGUCUUUGUUUCUGCCUUUCAAAGAAUUGGAGAUUCUCGCCUUAAGCUUCAACCAAUUAGUUGGUGGCUUAAAGAACCAAGGUUUUCAAGUCCUAGCUUCAGGAUUGAAGAAUUUGAAGGAACUUUAUCUAAGAGACAAUAAAUUUAACGACAACAUUUUAUCAUCUCUCAGUGGAUUUUCAACUCUCAAAUCUCUAGAUCUAUCGGGCAAUAAAUUCACAAAAUCAACUGGUUUCAAUGGUUUUCAAGUGCUAGCUUCAGGGUUGAGGAAUUUGGAGGAGCUUGAUCUAAGUGAUAAUAAAUUGAACAACAGCAUUUUAUCAUCUCUCAGUGUUUUUUCAACUCUCAAAUCUCUAGAUCUAUCAGGCAACAUGUUUACAGGAUCAACUGGUCUCAAUGGUUUAAGGAAUUUAGAAACCUUGAAUCUGGAAUACACUGACUUCAAGGAAAGCGUUUUGAUAGAGUCAUUGGGAGCGUUGCCAUCCCUCAAGACCUUAGAUGCCAGUUAUAGUAAUUUUACACACUUUGGGAAAGGGUUGUCGAAUUCGUCUAGCCUUGAAAAAGUUUUCUUCAAUUAUUCUUCUCUCCCAGCAAGCUUUUUUAGGAACAUUGGACACUUGUCUACUCUUAAAGUCCUAUCCUUGAAAGGAGUUGACUUCAAUAGCACCCUACCUGCCCAUGGGAUUUUCUUCAAUUCGAGCUCUCUUGAAGAAUUGUAUCUAGAUCGUUCUUCUCUCCCAUUAAACCUUCUCCAGAACAUUGGAGCAUUGUCUGCUCUUAAAGUUUUGUCUGUUGGUUACUGUGACCUCAAUGGCACCCUGGCCGCUCAAGGCUGGUGUGAACUGAAGAAUCUUGAACAGCUAUAUCUCCCAGGAAACAAUAUAAAGGGCGUACUCCCUCCUUGUUUUGGAAAUCUAUCAUUUCUACAAUCCUUGGAUUUAUCCUACAACCAAUUGGAGGGAAAUAUUGCCUUUAGUCACCUUUCCCAUCUUACGCAGCUUGAAUUCCUCUCAGUUUCAAAUAACUACUUUCAAGUUCCAAUAUCAUUUGGUUCAUUUAUGAACCACUCCAACCUCAAGUUCAUUGCAUGCGAUAACAAUGAGCUAAUAGCUGCACCCAGUUUUCAGCCUUUAGUUCCAAAGUUCCAGCUUCGUGCUUUUAGUGCUUCAAACUGUACUCCAAAACCACUCAAAGCUGGAUUUCCAAACUUCCUCCAGAGCCAACAUGAUUUGGUGUUUGUUGAUCUAUCCCACAACAAAUUCGUUGGAGAACCUUUCCCAUCUUGGCUGUUUGAGAAUAAUAGAUUGUUAAAUCGACUAUAUUUGAGAGACACCUCAUUUAUAGGUGGUCCUUUACAGCUGCCACAACAUCCAACAUCCAACCUUCAGACAGUAGAUAUGUCUGGCAACAACAUACAUGGUCAAGUUGCAAGAAACAUAUGUUCGAUUAUUCCACGUUUGAAGAACUUCGUGAUGGCUAACAACAGCCUCAUAGGUUGUAUUCCUCCUUGUUUUGGGAAUAUGAGCUCUCUCGGAUACUUGGAUCUUUCCAACAAUCACAUGUCUUGUGAACUACUUGGGCAUAAUUUGCCAACCUCGUUGUGGUUUUUAAAGCUGUCCAACAACAGCUUUAAUGGGCAAUUACCACCAUCUGUGUUCAACAUGACUAACCUAGAUAUCCUCCUUCUAGAUGGAAACAAAUUUGUAGAAGUACCAGGUACUUUUUCUCAUGAAUUACCACUUUUGUGGUUGGAUAUCAGUAACAACCUUUUGUCAGGCAUGCUUCCAAGGGGAAUAGGGAACUCUUCAACAAUCUUGCGUGGAAUUGACUUAUCCAGAAAUCAGUUUGAAGGUACCAUUCCAAUAGAAUAUUUCAAUUCUUUUGGGCUUGAAUUUUUAGAUCUUUCUGAAAACAAUCUGUCUGGGUCAUUACCGUUGGGCUUCCAAGCAUUAGAUUUACGCUAUGUCAACCUAUACGGAAAUAGAUUGAGCGGUCCACUGCCAUAUGAGUUUUAUAAUCUCUCUUCGUUGGUGACAUUAGAUCUCGGCGAUAACAACUUAACUGGGCCCAUUCCAAAUUGGAUUGAUAGCCUUUCGGAAUUGAGCAUUUUUGUUCUCAAAUCUAAUCAAUUCAAUGGGAAACUUCCUCAUCAGUUAUGCUUCUUAAGGAAAUUAAGCAUAUUGGAUCUUUCAGAAAAUAAUUUUUCUGGUCUGUUACCCUCAUGUUUGAGCAAUUUAAAUCAGACGGCAUCAGAUGAAAAAACUUCGGUUUACACUGUUGAAGGGUCACUAGAUGAUACAAGCUGGUUAGAAAUAUUUGCAUCCUUAGGGGGAAGAGGAUUUUCUCUUUAUGAAAAAAUGUUGUUGCCAGAGAUCAGUGUAGGAAUAGCUGUGGAGCUUACAACAAAGAAAAAUUUCUACACUUACGAAGGCGGUGUCCUUCGUUCCAUGUCUGCUUUGGAUCUUUCUUGUAACAGAUUCACUGGAGAAAUCCCGACAGAAUGGGGAAACUUAAGUGGGAUACAUUCUCUAAAUCUGUCACAAAAUAAUCUCACUGGAUUGAUCCCUUCAUCCUUCUUCAAUCUGAAGCAGAUAGAGAGCUUGGAUCUUUCUCACAACAAUUUGAAUGGGAGAAUUCCUGCACAACUCGUUGAACUGACCUUUCUAGCUGUUUUCAACGUGUCGUACAAUAAUUUGUCAGGAAGAACACCGGAGAUGAAAAAUCAAUUUGGUACCUUUGAUGAAAGCAGUUAUAAAGGGAAUCCUCUUCUUUGUGGACCUCCAUUGCAAAACAGUUGCGACAAAACAGAAUCACCAUCAGCGAGAGUGCCUAACGAUUUCAAUGGAGAUGGUGGCUUCAUAGACACGUACAGUUUUUAUGCCAGCUUUGGUGUGUGUUACAUAAUUGCGGUGUUGACAUUUGCAGCAGUAUUGUGCAUAAAUCCGCAUUGGCGACGCAGGUGGUUUUACUUCAUUGAAGAAUGCAUCGACACUUGCUACUGCUUUUUGGCUAUAAACUUUCGCAAGUUGUCCAGAUUCAGAAGGUGAUUGGGUCUUAUCAUGAGCGUGUGGGCUGCUUUCUGAAUUUGUUGCAAUCCUCAGUGGGGAAGCAGUCGCAUUCCAAAUCAAUGGUUGCUCACAACAUGUUUAGCAAUUUGCCUGUGAGAAGUGUUCUGUUGAAGUGUCUGGUUCUUGUUGCUUAGCCUUUCAGUUUUGACAUGACUUGUGUUUGUCCUUGUGCUUAUAUCCAUAUUUGUUUGUUUCGUUGUUAUGUCUUAAUUAUGUUGCGUUUUGGUCUUAGAUGAGCAACCAACCAAUAUUUCUUGGCUUCUUGUGAUUUCUAUAUCCCUAAUAAUAUGGAAUUUAUUCACAAU